UCAAAGUCAAGCCAUAUUAGAAAAUAAAUUAGUGAACAUCUGGACCGCAUUUAGCAGUAUUUGUGCAUUUGCCCUUAGUAUGUAAGCUUCCUUAUAUUGUCUACAGAACAACCCUCUCAUAGGAGUAGUUUAACCUGCAGAAUAUCAGGCAAAAUGGCGGCUGUGAAAUGGAUGGAGGACGAUAGCGAACAAUAAUCAACUGUAACGAUUAUCGUUCUUAUUGUUUACAUUUCCUGCAUUGGAAAGGUGGAUUUUCAGAAGAGAGCAGGGAGGAGCCAAUGCUUUGGAACAGCCUGAAUAAAUUGCAGAAAUGGCUGAUCUGAAGCAGCAUGCCAAGGAAAAGAAAGAUGCAGACUCUGUAGCAGACAGAGCAGACAUCACUCAGGAAUCGCUGAAGAGCCGCGUGUCCUCUCUAAGGAAAAACAUGUCCAGAUCGCUGUCUCCGCUGCCCUUGGACAGUUCUGAAAAGCCUCUAAAUGGAGCCCAGCCUGCUCUGUUUGUACAUGGCACUGUCCGUGAUGUAGAUGCUGAUGCAUCACCGACAGGGGCUCUUGCAAACGGACCUAGUUCACAUGCCACCUGGGAUGAGCUCUGUGUCUCAAACAACGGCGGUGUCUCAUCGAGUGACACUGCACCAGAGGAGGCAGGGAACGAAUCACAGCCGCCCGCAGAGCCCAAGACUGGCUCCCUAAACUGUGUGCCAGGGAUCCUCCCCAAAGGUUCAGCCACGCAGGUGUGUGCCAAGGCGAUGCCGUCGAAAGGAGACGACAGCAAGUCCGACACCCUGGAUGGACCAUUGGAGGAGAACCAGGACGAAAUGCCGGUCAUUCAGAACAGGGCCCCGAAGGGAAUUGGUGCAAGAAGAAUUUGGGAUUUUGACAUGGAGUCUUCUGAGAGCUCUUCGGACGACUAUGAGAGCGCGAGCGAUCUGAACUGGGACCCCCAAAAGGAGUUCAUGCAGUUCUUGUGGAAUGAUCAUGAUGAUCCAGACUUGGGGAAGAAGCUAGAGGCGUCGCCUCCGACCACUGAAGGAAGACGACGAAAGCGCAAGAUGGACAUGGUGGUGAUGGUGGACCCUUCUGAAAAGAUUUUUAAUGAAAGGUUGCCGGCGGUCGAUGAUUCAGAUUUUGAAGAGAGUGGCCCAGAUGCCAUUUCUAGCAGCAAGGUACAUUCCCGUAGGAAAAGGCCCAAAUUACAGUCUUCGCUGGACUCCUGUGAAACAUACCCGAGUGAUACCAUGGAGGCCAUCAAGCAGCUUAUGUUAAGUGCACCUACAAAAAAAAACAAGGAAGAAAGCAUCCGUGAAGCCGAUGCGGGCGGCAAAUUGAACACCGAGCCAUCGUCAGAUUUGGGCUCGGAAGACGAGCCCUCGUUUUUCCCGUGCACAAAGUGCAACGUCAAUUUUAAAGAGAAGAAGCACCUGCACAGGCAUAUGAUGCACCAUUUGGACGGGAACAGUCAGUUUCGUCACAUGAACGUGCCUCGGCCAUUCAUCUGCAGAGAGUGUGGCCGCUCCUUUCGCGACCGCAACUCCCUUCUGAAGCACAUGACCAUCCACCAGGAAAGACGAGAGAAGCUCAUGGAGGAGAUCAAGGGACUGAACGAGCUGAAAGACGAAGGCCGAACCGCACGCCUGCAAUGCCCCCAGUGUGUCUUUGGAACCAACUGCCCCAACACGUUCGUCCAGCACGCCAAAACGCACGAGAAGGACAAGCGAUACUACUGCUGCGAGGAGUGCAACUUCAUGGCCGUGACGGAGCACGAGCUGGAGGACCACCAGUACAGCACCCACCGCGUGACAUACAAGCCCCAGUACGUCUCGAUGAAAAAAAACGACCGGUUUCAGGAAAAGAAGACCAUUGAUACAAAGAAAAACAAUGCAGUCGACUCUUCAUCUUUUCUCUGCAAAAUAUGCCCUUUCAGCACUCCAAGCAAAAGCGCCUUGAAAAAGCAUGUCGAACUGAUACAUCAGCAGCCAUAUGUCGAUUGCGAUAGCCCACCCUACGAAAGUACAAACAACUAUGCAACACCUGUGCAUGAGCCACACAAGUUUGCAGGAAAGUCCCAAAAAACAGAUCGAGACAUACUAGAGUUAAAGCCAAAGUUCAGCGUAGAGAAGCAGCCUUUCAGGAAAAGGACAGAACCCUUUUGGUCUGACGACAUAGCCGACUUAAUUAGGAAGAAGAAAACCACACAGAAAGCCCGUAAAGGUUUCGGUUCCUCACUGGCAAAGUGGGGCCUUGGUAACUCCACGAACAAGCAGUCGCCAACACUACAGGCUAGUGACAAAGAAGGAAAAUUUUCACCUCAGCACGCUGAAAAAAUAGAUAUUACAACGGGUCUUCCUUACGUUGAAGAUGGUUACAAGGACAAUGACCAAGGUUAUGGGGGCACAUUUUCAGGAAACACAAAAAAGCCAAACUCUCUCUCCAGCUGCUCCAAGCAACUAACACCCAAAAUGGAAAAGCCCAUCUUCUACCCUGGCUGCAAUUCAGAUAAGGGGAAAGGGGGUAGUGAUGACCCUGACAGCAAGAGUUUAACAGUGAAGCCAACCAUAAAAGGGAAGCCUCCAUCCAAAAGAAAAAUGUCAACUCCUUAUCACAACACUAUGGACAAAGCACCUCAGCUGCUUUUACCAAAACAGGAACAAACUCCAAAGAGGCAUGAAAUGGCUGAGGACAUGGAGGACACAGGCUACGAGGGAGCUUAUGACUUCGAUGACUACACCAGCGAGGCCACGUCCAACUUCCUUGACAAUAGCGAAAAUGAACAAAACCCUUACGCAAGGAGCUACUUCAUCCGCCGGCAGAGGUUUACCACCAAAGAAGAGGGAGGGUCCCCUGGCGACCUGUCCGAAAAGGACUGCGACCUGGAGAACAGCUGCGAGCCCGUACAGAAACUGGUAGUGAAAGAGGAGUGCAUCGAGACGGAGGUGUGCCAGGAGGCCGCGGAGGCUGACGCGGGUCCCCUUAGCGAAACCCUCCAGGAUUUUGAGUUGUCCCCCUUCGGGACCGAUCACAAGUCCUGCCCCUACUGCCCUGCCCAGUUUGAGUCGGGGGUGGGCUUGUCCAAUCACGUCCGUGGACAUCUGCACAGAGUAGGUCUGAGCUACAACGCGCGUCAUGUGGUGUCGCCGGAGCAGGUCGCCUCCCAGGACCGGAGGCCACGCAUCCGCCGGAAGAUCACUAGCAUACGCCGCAUCAAAAAAGCGCACAAGACAGAGUCACAGACGGAGCACACCUGUCCAUUAUGCGGCGGUUGGUUCGACACGAAGACCGGGCUGUCCAAUCACGUGCGAGGCCACCUGAAACGGAUCGGGAAGACGAUCUCCAGCUCAAGCAAGUCCCCGCUGUGCAUCCUCAACGAGAUGAUGCAGGACGAGGACGAGUACCGGAACAUUCUGCAGGUGCUAAACAAGAAGCAGUUCCUGUCCCGGCCCUUCGUCUCCCAGAAGUUCGCCAGCAGCGAUGGCCUGUUCCUGUCGCCGGCGGGCGUCCCGGUGAAGAUCCACCACGUCGGCCAGGACGGCAAGCCGUGGGGGCCGGCGGCGGCGUCCGGGCAGGAGGAGGGCACGGAGAAGGAGCCGGCAGGGACCAAACCCGGGGCCAAAGGUCCCCACUCAAGCACUUUGAUCGAGCUGCUUAAGAAAAAGAAGCUGGAGGAGGAGAUGGAGAAGAACCGUUCCCAGACUGCCAGGAAGUGUGUCAGCGUGUCCCCUCCCAAAGAGCGUAUCAUUGCCCCACAGCCUGUUAAGACAGAGUCCAGCUGGCACCCCGAGAAAAAUGAACUGAACAAGAAGGUGUGCAUACACUGCAACACAACAUUCCCGAGUGCGGUCAGUCUGUCCAAUCACUUGCGUGCGUACGCGCGACGGAAGAGAGCUGCGCUUCUGGAGGGAACAACUUAUGACUGUAAGCAGAAGAAGCCAAGAUCAAGGCCUGGGCCAAAGAAGAAGAUGUUCUCAAUGCCACACGCGGCUGAUGAGAUCUACCGGCUCACCUGCAGAUUCUGCGACCUAGUCUUCCAGGGUCCUCUGUCAGUCCAGGAGGACUGGAUCAAGCACUUGCAGAGGCACAUCAUGAACACCAGCGUCCCACGCACAGGGGCGGGCAUGGUGGAGGUGACGUCCCUGCCCAAAGACCCGCCCUCCCCCGAGCGCCAGACGCCCCCCCCGCCGGUGACCCAGGUGGCCUCGUGAGCGACGGAACGAUUAUAGACUCACUCUUUCACUUUAGGUCAAACAUGCACAUGUACAUAUAUAAAUAACUAUAAAAUAUGUAUAUAAAAUUUUCUUACGAUGGAUGCGGAUCUCUCCUUCCCGUUUUUUAUAUCGCAGUCCAUUUACGAUUUUUAAAUCAUGUGAUUUGGUUAUGGAAAAUGAAGUCUAGUUGCAACACGGAACAAUUAAGAUGGCGAUGAGUUUAAAAAAAUAUUUGUAUCUCGUUGACUCCUGUGUAGCACUACAUUUUUGGGGUAUUUCUCGCAAUGUUUUAGUGAUAUUUUACACAGUCCACGAUUAAGGGUUAGGAUUUAUAUUGAGGUCACUGUUUUCCUUUUAUUAAUGCAGUAAUAUUGAUUGUGUGAACCCACGACCAAAAGAGACAACCCCAUACCUCAGAGUGUGUCAGUGCUUUGUCCAUUUUUGUAGUCUGUGGGGCCUCUAAGGACUACAUUCUUUGAGCACGGUCCCCGUUUAUAUGUCCUUGUUUACUGGUUUUACACGCAUCUUCUAACAGGGUUAAAAUGUCCUCAGUUGUUACAUUGCAUAUGCAUUUAACAUGAUCCAACACAAAGGUUAAUGAAAAAAUACUACAUGGGCUUUUUUUCCCCCAAAGGCAACUUAUUUCUAAUAUUGAAAAUGAAUAGGACACUUCAGUCAUGCAGUCAAAUUUAUAAAUAUUCAUUUUGGUGAAGAUUUCUCAUAAUGUAUUCAAAGUGCUUAUGGAUUUAGUUUUCUAUACAGAUUUCUUGAACAACAAACAGCUCAGUGAAAAUUUGUCAGUGGAUUUUUUUACCGCUGUGGUUGACUGGACUCAAUCAAUAGCAUCUCACAAACACAAAAUAUCAGGUCCUCGAAUUGGUGUUCAUUACAUAAUGAAGCACAUUCAUGUUUUGUAACAUUGUUUAAUGCCAUACCUGCUACAACUACUUCUCCCUGAUGAUAUAUAGAGAACCUCCUUAUGUUCACUUACUGUAUUUAAAACAAAUUUACUGUUUCAGGAUUUAUGCCAUUUAAAAUUGUGUUUUUAAAUUAUUUUUAAUGUAAAUCACAUGGUUAUGGUGCUGAAUCCUCAUGUUAGGUAUGCUAAAUAAAAAAAAGCUUACAAUUAUACGUACUCACCCUGACAACGUGUGUUUCUGAGUAGUGAAUGUUACAGAAAAAACAGUUAAACAUUUGUAUUUAAGUUGUGGAUGUGUUGAGAUGACAGUUUGUACCAUGUGUUCAUUCAUUUUAUUGCUGUAGAUAUAACAAUUGAUUUUGCUGAUAUAAAGUAUAAAGGUAAAGCUUACUUUGCUUUGUGUUUAACUUGACUGUAUACCUUUUUUAUCCAUGUACAAAAAGUGAAAAAAUUGCUUGGUAAUUGACAUAUCAUGUGGUGAACAUAUCCAGGUAGGAUAUUAAAAAUUGAAAAAGUAAAUCUUU